AUGCCCGCCGCCAACCCGGUGUUGAUCCAAGACAUCCCAAGAUCUCGGAAUGAGUCGCCGCCGGUAUUCUUAAUUCACGAUGCCAGUGGGCUUCUCACCAGCUACUUCAAGGUUGGAACUCUAGGACGCAAGGUCUAUGGGAUAUGGGACCCCAAGUUCGAUGCGGACGGUAUUGGCGGAUGGCAGAGCGUCAAGGAAAUAGCUGAAGCAUACAUCCGCCUCAUCAAAAGAGUCAUGCUGAGAGGAGAAAUCGUCCUCGGUGGAUGGUCAUUCGGGGGCGUUCUAGCAGUGCAAAUCGCCCACAUGCUAGCGAUGUCAGGCCGUGGCUUGCGCGUAUCGCGAAUCAUCCUCAUAGACUCAGUCUACCCUCGCUGCCCUCGACCUGAAGCUCAAAAGGAGCCGGCAAAGUUGCAUCACGCCCCAGCUCUUCCUGGUAUCAACCAAGAAACCCGCGACAAGCUUAUGACUGCUCUCAUGCGAGCGACUUGUCUCUCUGACCAGUGGGACCCUCCGUCGUGGGCGUUGCCGAGGACCGGUGUUCUUGGUACAGCCCGCUCCCGAGAUAUCGACCCGACUCCCCCACAUGCGGUGCUAAUCCGAGCCAAAGACUUGGUGCCUAUGGCGGACCCGGCUGAGAAGUGUCCUCUUGAUAGAACUCGGUUUCUACCUCAACUUGGUUGGGAGGAUAUGCUAGAAGGGUUUGUGGAGCAGGUUAUUGAGACGACAGGUAAUCAUUAUAGCGUCUUUGAUUCAGAACAUAUCGAUAUUAUCACCUCUCACAUUCGGAAGAGUUUAGACAUGAACCUUGGUUGA